AUGAUGGAGAGGGCGGAUCCUGCACAGAAGCUGUACAACAGAAUGCGGCUCUGGGAAUUCCCCGAUCAGUAUGUCGUGGAGCCCACAGAUGGAUCUUCCGGUUCCUUUUUGGCUAUUAGUCACGUCGAUGCCUCCAUCAAUCUUAUUGAUGAGAUACCACAAUGUAGCUCCCUUCGCGUUCCUAAAAUUCAGACAAUCUUUGGUGUGGUUGGCAUGCUCAAGCUGUUAGCAGGAACAUAUUUAUUAGUUAUAACGGAACGUGAAUGUGUUGGAUCUUAUCUGGGACACCGUAUCUUCAAAAUCUCAUCCAUGAAGAUUUUUCCUUGUGAUCAAUCUCUCAAAAAUUCUUCUGAAGAACAGAAAAAAAUGGAGAAUGAGUUUUAUCGCCUGCUAAAUGUUGCAAAGAAAACUCCUGGUCUGUAUUUCUCAUAUGACGUGAAUAUAACUUUAAGUGCUCAACGGCUGCACGAUCUGGGUGAUGAAUCAAAGUUGCUUCCACUCUGGAGACAAGCAGACCCUCGAUUUUUAUGGAACAACUAUAUGAUGGAAGUGCUGAUAGAUAACAAGCUUGACCCAUACUUACUUCCUGUUGUUCAAGGGAGUUUUCAGAACUUUCAAGCUGCCAUUGGGAAAGACAUACUCGAUGUUAUGUUGAUUGCACGAAGAUGCACUAGGAGAACUGGCACCCGGAUGUGGAGAAGAGGAGCUGAUUCUGAUGGUUAUGUUGCAAAUUUCGUGGAAACUGAACAAAUUGUACAAUUGAAUGGCCACACUGCAUCAUUUGUUCAGGUUCGAGGAUCAAUUCCAUUACUUUGGGAUCAGAUUGUUGAUUUGACAUAUAAGCCAAAGUUUGAAAUCGUUAGACUCGAAGAAGCAUCACGAGUAGUUGACCGUCACUUUUUAGACCUACGAAAGAAAUAUGGAAAUGUUGUUGCGGUUGAUCUCGUUAACAAGCAUGGAGGUGAGGGGCGAUUAUGUGAAAAGUUUGGUGAUGUAAUGCAACAUAUUGCCAGUGAUGAUGUGAGAUAUUUGCACUUUGAUUUUCAUAGGAUAUGUGGACAUGUUCAUUUUGAACGCCUUUCCAUUCUUUAUGAUCAAAUUGAGGAUUUUCUCAUUAAAAAUAGGUACCUUUUGUUAAAUGAGAAGGGUGAGAAAGUCGAGGGGCAACUAGGAGUUGUGCGGACCAAUUGCAUUGACUGCCUAGACCGUACAAAUGUCACACAGAGCAUGAUUGGUCGUAAAAUGUUGGAAUUUCAACUUCGAAGACUUGGUGUUUUUGAUGCCGAAGAAACUAUCAGCACACAUCCCAAUUUUGAUGAAAGCUUCAAAGUUUUGUGGGCUAACCAUGGAGAUGACGUAAGCAUCCAGUAUUCUGGUACUCCUGCUUUGAAAGGAGAUUUUGUCAGGUAUGGCAAGAGGACUAUCCAAGGAAGUCUAAAUGAUGGCCGGAAUGCUCUCAUGCGGUACUACUUAAACAACUUUCGUGAUGGUACAAAGCAGGAUGCAAUUGAUCUAAUGCAAGGACAUUACAUUCUUUCUGUCUCCCGAAGUAUGACUCCUACAUCACAGGAAGGACGCAUUGAGGCAAUAGCUUCCUUUCCACUGGCUUUGUUACUGAUUCUGACUGGGUUCUUCUUUGCAACAAUGUCUUUAGGACGAGUUCGGAAUGACCUCUGGAAUUUAUUAUUUUCAUUCAUAUGGGCAAGCAUGAGCUUGGCUAUAGCGGCAUUUGUAAAGGCCAAUGGUCGGGUUUUCUGUAAUCGUCCUCGCCUGCACCAACCUCGGCGUUGA